AUAAAUAUAUUUUUCUCCCAUUUUCAGUUCAAUUUUUAAUUCCUAUGGACACUCAAGAAGAAACCCUACUCACCCAAUUCGAUUGGGAUUCGUUCUUCGACCAGGUGCCGGAAUUCGACGCCCAUGAUUUUUUGCAGGAUGACACCGCUCCUGUUAGCGUCGCCGGCGACAAUCCCUCCCCGAACGACCCCGUUUUGUCCCAGAUAGAGAACCUGCUCAUGGCCCACCCCGAAAACGACGUCGUCUUCCCCGAAACGCCGUUGUCAGAGUCGUCUGAGUCCGAGUUCUACAGGCUUCUCGAGGAGAUUCUGGUGGAGCCCGAUGAGGGGCCGGAAAGUGAGCGUUCCAAGGCAGAGUCCGAGGAAGGCUCCGAAAAAGAUAGAACCGAUGAUGCAGUUCCCGAUGAACCCACCUCCAAGAAGUUAAAAAGGCAGUUGAGGAAUAGGGAUGCUGCUGUGAGAUCGAGGGAGAGGAAGAAGGCUUAUGUGAAAGACCUGGAGAUGAAGAGUAGGUAUUUAGAAGGGGAAUGCAGAAGACUGGGGCAUUUGCUUCAGUGCUGCUAUGCUGAGAACAAUGCUUUGCGGCUUUGCUUGCAAUCGCGUGGUGCAUAUGCUGCUUCCAUGACCUCGCAGGAGUCUGCUGUGCUCUUGUUGGAACCUCUGCUGUUGGGUUCCCUGCUGUGGGUCAUGGGCAUCAUGUGCCAUCUCAGUCUGCCCCUAAUGCUGUGUCUAACAGCAGUACUUCCAAGAGAAAACAUCGAACAGAAGGGCUUAAGAAGAGUAACUCAAAAAGGUCCAGAAAGUAAUAUCUCCAAGUGUUUCCAGAUGGAAUCAUUUGUAAAGAGUAGAAGAUGCCGAGCUUCAAGAACAAAGAUGAAAUUCAUUUUUAUGAUGUUCUAAUGUUCUAUAAAUUCUGAAACAUGGCCUAUAAGGCUUUCUAUACUCCUAGCUUCCUUGUUUCUUUCUUUCAUUCUCUUUUUUGGUUUAUAUGUAUUCUACAUAUAGGGUUCUGUGAUAUAGUUUGUCAGAUGCUAUGUUCAUCACAGGACCAUAACAUGCUGCGUUCUAAUAUUUAACAUGAAGGCUGUUUGUGGUUUUGGCAGUUUAGGUCGCAUUGAAACUUGUUUGCACCA